UUUUGAUUUUUGGGAUGGAGAGCUAGAUCUAUAACUUCCUCUUAAGAAAUAACAAAGAUUUUGCUGUAGUGUAGAGUGUAGAGUGAACGACAAAAUGAUCAUCACGGCUCAAGAUUAGAUCUAGAAUCUAGAGUGGUGCAAUUAAAUGGUUGUUUCUAAGUCACACAGUUAUAUUGAUGCCAUAUCAAGACAUUUAUGUGUUGUCUACUGUCAUAAAUGUCUAGUGUCAUAAAAAUAUUGAGUAUUAUUUAUGUUAAAUGACAUUAAAAUUUUAAUAUAAAACUCUUUUUUUUAUUAAUAAAGACUCUUUAAGAAUUAUUUCACUUAAUAUCAAUUAUGGGUGACAUGGAACAAAACUUGAAUGAAUGCAGAAAUGUUAUUAAAAUUGAGAAGAUAGAUUGGUCAGAUACUUCGGAAAACAGCUUUACUGGCCAAACUUAUGAAUUAACUUAUGCAGAAGAAGCACAGGCAUCUGAAGAACCAAUUCACUCAAGAUCAAAGAUGGAUGACAUGGAACAAGAUUUAACCAAUGAUCUCAAAAAUAUAAUAAAAAUUGAAAAGAUGGAAUCUUCCUCAUAUUCAGAGACACAAGACACUGGUCAUACUUUUGAAGAAGAAGAGACACAGGAAAAAAUGGUGAAUCAGAAUCAAGAAAUGACUUUAAACCAAGAUGUGUAUGUUACAAACACUCCUCACAAAGAUGAGAAUGGUGUAAACUUAAAAGAUGAGGAACAAAAUUUUUCUUUGAGGAAUAGAUCCCAGAGAAAUAAAAAACCUGACCAAGCUCAUAUAGGUACACAAACAUCAUCUACUUCCUCAGAAGUAAAAAAAAAGGUGGUGAAUCAGCCAAGAAGAAAGUCAGUUCAAUGUAAAAUUUGUCAGAAAGUGUUUAAUCGGUCCUUUAACCUAAAAAGUCAUGAGAAAGUACAUUCUGGUAUAAAGCCAUUUAAAUGUGAAGUUUGUCAGAAAGAAUUCAGACAGUCCUUUCAAUUAAAAAAUCAUGCGCUAACACAUUCUGAUGAAAAGCCAUUUAAAUGUAAAAUUUGUCAGAAAGGAUUUGCUUACUCUUCUAGCUUAAAAUGGCAUGAGCAAAGGCAUGAUGGGAUAACAUAUGCAUGUAAAAUUUGUCAGAAAGAAUUCAAUGAUCCAUCUAACUUAAUAAUGCAUAAUAAAAAACAUUCUGGUGAAAUGCCAUUUCAAUGUAAAGUUUGUCUGAAAGGGUUUUAUCGGUCCCAUGACUUAGAAAGGCACGAGCGAAUACAUUCUGGUAUAAAGCCAUUCAAAUGUAAAAUUUGUCAAAAAGAAUUCACAGAGAACACUAACUUAAAACACCAUGAGCUAAUACAUUCUGGUGAAAAGCCAUUUGAAUGCAAAAUUUGUUUGAAAAAAUUCACUCAGCUUGGUAGCUUAAAAUCCCAUCAUCUAACACAUACUGGUGAAAGGCCAUUUAAAUGUCAAAUUUGUCAAGGUGAAUUCACUCAGCGCUCUCAUUUAAAACGACAUGAAAAAAUACAUUCUCGUAAAAAAAAACUCUAAAUGUGACAUAUUAGAAACAUUUGUUCUCUGAAUUGUAUUUAGAAUACCCCUACUGACAUUAUUUGAAAAUAAAACUUUUAAAUUAUUAUAUUUUUUAUGUUUUCUUUAUAUUAGUAGGAUAACUAUGAUUGUUUACUUUGGUAAAACAUAAUUUAAUGUUAUAUGGCACUGACCUUACUUACUUAUUAACAUUUGUUUAUAAAAUCCUUUUUAGAAUGUUUUCUGACACAUCAUUUUGCCAUAAAACCUUUGAAAUAUCCCAUGUAUCAUUAUGACUUCUUUACAUUGUUAGGAUUAAACUAAAAUAUGAUUGUUCACUUUAGUAAAUCAUAGCCGGAUAAGACCUGCUGCCUCAGUCAAACUUGAAUGUUACCUUCACAUUAUUUUAUUUUGCCAUGAAAAUAAAAGUAGAGCGUGAAAAUGGGUUUACCCCAUCAGCCGACAUAUCCAAUAUAAAUUUCUUUAAAAAUGGGUUUACCUGAUCUGUUUAAAAGCUUUGUUAUUUAAUAGAGAUACAAUUAGGCAUUUUUUGUCUAUUUUUAGGCCCCUACGUUUGUGGGAGGAAUAUUAAACAUACACUAUGAUCUACGCCAUGAUGUAAGAUUCUUUAAUGCUAAUUUUUAUCAAGAUUGGUCUGGCUGUUUGAUUUUUAUUCAGGAAUACACAUACAUAGGUUUUACUUUCUGCUUUAUGUAUUAGAUGAUUUAAUGCUAUAUGGCACCGACAUAGCUUAUUGCAUUUUAAAGCUUAAAGAAACUAAUCAAUGUAUUGGAUAUCUUAUAUUAUUUUAAGAUAUCACUGACUGACAUAUAUAUAUAUAUAUAUAUAUAUAUAUAUAUAUAUAUAUAUAUAUAUAUAUGGGUGAAUGUGUAAUUCAAAUUUGAUUGAAUAGCUUUAGUUAGAAUGUAGGAGGAAGAAUGACAGAAAGCAUGUAAUAGUUAAGUCAGAGGACAGUGUGUAAUAUCAGGUUUGAGAAAAAAUCUGUAUUUUAAUGUCUCAAUAUUUAUAAUUAGAGUUUCUUUUGUGAACCUGCUAUUUAACCUUGUAGAAAGAGCAGAACAGCUGUAACAAUUCACAUUACUUCCUCAAGAAAAACAAACCUAUUAGUUCUGUAACAAGUAAAUGACCAAAAAAAAACCCAGGUUUUUAUUUAUUAAAAAGAGAAGUUUAAGAUUCACAUAUUUAUAUCACAUUUUUUAAAAAUCCAAUUUCAAUGUAUUCUUGUAUUGUUAUGAUCUUUAUUGUAAUUAUAAAUGAGGAAGCAUUGUAGAUAAAAUAAAUCAUAUUUCAUUUUUGUGUCAGGUUCUUCAUUUUAUAAAAUGUCAUUUGUUCUAGUAUUUAUUGAAAUGUUUUUAAGAAAGUGUUUAUGAAAUUAUAUUUACUGAUGAACACAUUUUCUUUUCAAUAGAAGUUUAUUAAAAAUAUUCAAAAUUUUCAUAUAUAUGACAUUAUUAUUAGGACAAUCUGUAGUGUAUAAUUCUAUUUCAUUUUUAUAAAAAAAGGUUUCAUUAUAUAAAUGCCUUUAUUUUAAGUUUACACAGCCAAUACCACUGCAUUUUAGAAAUCAUGGCUAAGAAGUUACUUAUCAUAUUGGAAGAAAUAGUUUUAUUUAUUUAAGUUGUCUUUAUGCAUUUUAUAAAUUUUAUUAAUACAUUUUUUUUCAGCAUUUCUGGAGCAAUGACCUGUAUUUAUUUCAAUAUUGACUUUAACUUUUAAUAGUAUUUUCAUUAAUGUAUUGUAAAUUAUAAAACAUGUUUUUCCAUUCCUCUAAUUUUAUAAAAUAAAAUGUGUCCAAUCAAAAUGUACAUACCGUUUUAUGAAAAUAAUUGUAUCACUUGUACUCUGUAAAUUUAUUAAGGAAUGGUCUUAAUAAAUUAUCAUAUUUUUUUGUAAAAAUUAGCUUUAUUCUUUUUAGUGAUAUACAUUUUGAUAAAAGCUAAUAUCAACUGA